AUGGAAUUCAUCAAGUCGCUCAAGAAGUCAGAACAGGAGCUCAACGCGCUCAAGUCUAGAGUGCUCGUCGACUUUUAUCGAGAACAGAACCAGACCAUUGAAGCGAUUGAGUCCGUUGACGUCCCGUUCUUAAGGGACGACCAAGGUAGGCUCAUGAUAGAGACUGUCAAACGGUUCAUAUCUGGAGACCGGAGUAUCGAAUUCGAGGCAUACACCCUCGGCGUUCUUGGGAGCGGAAUCUGCGUCAAGGUCUUUAUGUUUAUCUAUUGCCGUUUUAUUGCCAAGCGGACGUCCAACGUCAGAGUACUCGCCAAGGAUCACUUCAACGACGUCGUGGCCAAUUCCGGCGCGCUCGCCUUCGGCGCCCUGGGGAGGUACUGGAUAUGGGAAUUCGACCCCGUGGGCUGUCUGUGCAUAAGCGCCUACCUCAUGUACACCUGGGUCAGAGAGGGCACCAGGACGAUCCAGAUGCUGGCGGGAUAUCGUGCGGGUAACCAGCUGAUGAAAAAAUGGACUUACGUGUGUCUGAAACACCACCCGCGCAUAAAGCAAAUAGACACUGUCCGCGCCUAUCACCUAUCCCUCGGAUUCAUUGUCGAGGUGGACAUCGUUCUCCCGUCCGACAUGACCAUCAUGGAGGCGCACGACAUAGGUGAGACUCUGCAAAUCAAGCUAGAAUCUUUCAAGGAAGUCGAGCGCGCGUUCGUUCACAUAGACUACUCCAGCGAUCAUAAACCGGAACAUUAG